CCUUUUCAGUAUUUGCUCCCUCUUCGUUCUGCAAACAAUCUAGCGCCAAGAAAUAGAGGAUGAGGGUAGUAUUCUGCUGCAGCUGCUCGAUUCCCAGACGAAUAACGAAUAUCAUUCCCAAUCAUAUUUCUCCGAAAUUUCUCUGUUUUAACUCUGAACCCAGCUAUUCGAAGCACCUCAGCUUGAAAUGGCCCCAGAGAGUAAUAUUCCAUGCGCUUACAGGUGCUCUCUCAUUUGGGUUACUUUUUUCUGCUCCUUUUUCUUCUGCUACAGAGUCUUUGUUACUUCAAAUCCCAUCACCACCUUCUUCCGAGUAUUGUCGGGAAGAAGAGCAAGACCAGACGGUGGAAACAGCUCCAGAGUUGGUUACUAAUGAAGCAAUUGUGGAGGAAGCUUGGGAGAUCGUCAAUGAUAGCUUCCUCGAUGCUGGGAAGCAUCGUUGGUCCCCCGAAAGAUGGAUGCAAAAGAGGGAAGAUCUUAUUAGUAGCUCAAUCCAGACAAGGUCUAAAGCUCACGAUAUCAUCCGACGGUUGCUGGCUAGCUUGGGUGAUCCUUAUACACGGUUUAUUUCUCCUUCACAGUUCUCCAAGAUGGCUAAGUAUGAUGUGACUGGGAUUGGAAUAAACCUUAGGGAGCUUCCUGAUGUUGAUGGACGUAUCAGAUUGAAGGUAUUAGGGAUUAUUUUGGAUAGUCCUGCCCAUGCUGCUGGAGUAAGACAGGGAGAUGAAAUCUUAUCUGUUAAUGGAGUGGAUGUCAGAGGGAAACCUGCUUUUGAAGUGUCUUCUAUGCUGCAAGGUCCUACUGAAACAUUUGUGACAAUUGAGGUUAAGCAUGGGAACUGUGGACCUAUUCAAUCGAUUGAAGUUCAAAGACAACUUGUUGCUCGAAGCCCAGUAUUUUAUCGAUUAGAACAAAUGGAGAAUGGAAUCACUUCUGUGGGAUAUAUACGUCUGAAAGAGUUCAAUGCGUUGGCAAGAAAAGAUUUGGUCAUUGCAAUGAAGCGUCUUCAAGACCUUGGUGCAUCUAAUUUUAUUCUGGAUCUUAGAGAUAAUCUUGGUGGACUAGUUCAGGUUGGCAUUGAAGUUGCUAAGCUUUUUCUAAAUGAAGGGGAAACGGUAAUUUAUACAGUUGGAAGGGAUCCACAGUUCCAAAAAGUUAUCAUUGCAGAAAGUGCCCCUAUGGUUACGACUCCUGUCAUUGUGCUGGUCAACCACAAUACUGCUAGUGCUAGUGAAAUUGUGGCAACUGCUCUUCAUGAUAAUUGCAAAGCUGUUCUUGUGGGCGAAAGGACUUUUGGCAAGGGUCUGAUUCAGUCUGUUUUUGAACUCCACGAUGGAUCUGGUGUGGUUGUCACUGUUGGGAAGUAUGUCACACCAAAGCGCAUGGACAUCAAUGGAAAUGGAAUAGAGCCUGAUUUUCGAAGUAUCCCAGCUUGGGAUGAAAUUACAAAGCAUCUUUUGCAGUGCCAUUUGCAAAGACAAGGAUAAUACAGGUUUGCAGCAUUCAUUUCUUUUUAAGAUCUGUUUCGUCAUUCGCUUUUUUUAUAUUUAGGCUGAAUAUUAUGGUUUCAUAAGGAGGAGU